AUGCGCACCAAAAGCCUCUACGAUUCACGCUGGGCAACUCCCCAGAUCACAACUCCUCAAGAAACCGCUCCAUCGCCUUCUUCCACUCAAGAACUCGCUCGCUUCCUGAAAAUUGUCUCGCGAUUACGAUGGAAACUCCCAUUUUUAUCAGAAGGCUAUCGCCUAGCCACGGCCCGCCACAACAUGUCCACAGCCGACAUUCAUUACGCCGAGAUAAUGUUUAAAAUCGACUUCCACGAAUACUACGCCCUCCUCGAACGCGCAAUCGUACAUUUACUCGCGGUGUGGAAUAUUACAGUUUCACGACACAAGGCGACUGACAAUUCAACCACCCUCAGCGAUCGGUGGUCUUCGAACCAUCGAUACCAUGCCAAUGUCCUCGAGACAUUGGAGCGAGAAUCGUGUCCCUUACACGCUGCGCUAGGAACCGGAUCAGUUCGCAAUCAACUGCGACGAGCCAAACAACUUCGCAAUCAAUGGAAGACCGCGGACUCUCCGGAAGACGAUGAGCAAUACAAAUCAGCUGCAUCCUCGAGAAACGAGACGGCAUCGCUAGAAAGCUAUGACCUCGAAGGAAUAUUGACAAGUGUAUUUAACGGCCUGGAACAAGGGCAUGCUCUUGCGCAGCAACAUGUUUCAAGUGAGAAUCCUGAGAUGGAUGUUGAGACCACUGUCGACGGGCAUAAUGAAGGCGACUGGGAUUUCAUUGUCGAUGCUAUGGACUGGGAAGCAGUGUAG